ACUACAGUGAAAUACGCAACGACACCAAAAUAUACAAUCCACGCACUACUAUCAUAUUCAGUGACGUCCCGUGAAGGAAAGAGCGACAUUUUCGGGAAAAAUGCAUUUAAUGGAAAGAUGGCGGCCAAAGACAGUAAGAGAAUACUAAAUAAUCGCUAGGCUUACAUCAGAAGGCUAGAGAAUGCGUGCCGCCCGAUGAACUGAAUUAUGAUUAAAGGGAUAGUUGGGAGACACGCCUCGAAACAAUUUUGGGCCCUCGCAAGACGAUGCCAUUCUUCGAACCGACCCGACCAUAGCGCGAUGGAAAGGAAGAAGCGAUUAUAUUACCCAUUGUUACCUGAUCUUCCCGGAAAGAUUCGAAGUCCCGAAGGUGAUAUAUUCUUCACUGAUAUCCCGAACGACUCUCAAUUGGUUGAAGCGUAUGCACUGUUCCAGGCCACUGUCAAUAAGGACGAUGGAUUCGGCGUGGAUGAUUAUCCGACACUCGACUACUUUAUUGACUAUAUGUGCCACGACUCAAUUGUGCCUUUUGUCAUGUAUCAAAAGCCAGAGAAAAAAAUUCUUGGUUUCUUCAGUACCUGUCCAAGCCGCUUUUGCCGAGGUGUCAACCCAGUGUUCUGCGGGGGAACGACAGUGUUCCAUGAUUCAAUGAAGGACCAUGGAGUAUAUAAUCAGAUGGCCGAUCUUUAUUGGGAAUAUGCUCAACAUCUGGGAUAUGAAGGAUAUCUUGGAGAGACAUUUGUAAACAAUAAGAAGGUUAUACAUACGCUGACAGAGCACCAAAACUUCAAGAUCCUUGGAGAGCUGCCUAAAAUAUCUAGGCUAAAACAUUCCGGUUGGGUGAAUAGCUUAGCUAUUGUAAAGCUCUUAAGAGAAGGAAAAGAUGAGAAACCUGGAUACAGCGUUUCAAAAGUGAUUGUACCAGAUCCGAAUAUAUCUCAGAUCACGUUGAACAACCACGCCAGGAAGAUAGACAACUUACCAAGGCAAUGCAUCACUCACAACGGAGCUCAACUAUCCAUUGACUAUGUCAUGGAAGAGGACAUUGAGCCUAUUUAUGAUAUGUUUGUCAAAGCACAAAAUGAAGGCGAUGGUUUUGCAAUAGAUGAAUAUCCAACGUUCAACCAUUUUGUGUACAAGCUGAGAAGGGGGCAUAUCUUCAGCAUAAAAGUAAAGGGGAAUAUUGUCGGUGCGAUGGCUGUUAUCCCGAGUAGGUUUGUACGUUCACUAUAUCCUAUUCUUGGAGAUGGGCCUGUGAUAGUUGAUGUACAAUACAGAGGAAAUGGGAAUCUCAUUAAAUUGAUGCGUUUCCAUGAUUCCAUUAGCAAGGAACUUGGCUACGUGGGUUCUUUGAGAGACACAUUUGCAACGAAUUAUGGUCAUUCGACGCUAAGCGAAACAGGAGAGAGAGGCAGCGAUCGUAAAUCAGACUCGGAGGUUGUCGCUAGGAUACCACGUACUGGUUACGUUGCUGGUAAAGGAUGGACGGAUUCAUAUAUCACGUAUAAGGACUUUAGUGAUUUUAA